AUGCAGCUCCUCCGCUCAGUCCGCCCUCCGCUCGCGACCCGUCUCGCGCUGCAGCAUGCGGCUCUGCUCGGCGGCAUGAGCCACGAGUUUGCCGCUCUAGACGAGCCGGAGCUGCAGCAGUCUCUCCCACGACACUGUGCCACAAUGAAGGCGUACCAGGCAGAGCUGCUGGCGUGUGGAGCCGCCAACAGCGCCGCGCUCGCCACGGUGUUUGGGCGUGCCGAGAAUCACGGCGCCGACCGUCUCCGCUCCGUCGUGUGGCCGUGGCUCGAGCCGCUCGCCGGCACUGCUGAGGAUGAGUACGAGCACCUCGGCUCCGUCUGGAGGCACAUGGCGAGGGACUGGACGGCGGGCGGGGCGGCGCAGACCGGGCAUCUGCGCGCAGAGGUGCUGAGACUGCUGCGGGGUGAAGGACUGGCGAGCGGCGCAGGGGUCCCGCCUGGAGGGGAGGUGCUGGUGUCAGUGCCGGGCUACGGUUACUCGGCAGCUCCUGAGACGCCUCCGUGCGUCCGCGGCCAGGCGAGGCUAGCGUGGACGAUUGCGUCGGGGCUACCCGGCGCUCGCGUGACCGGCUCAGAGGCGUCUGAGGCGCAGCUUCGCUUAGAGGCGUCUGAGGCGCAGCUCUCCGCGGCGAACUUCUUCCUGCAGUGCGCCGAGGAAGAGCGCCUCGCCUUCCACCCCUUCCUGCACGAGAUGAGUCAGCAACCACUGCGCGUCACCAUCGGAUAG